AUGAGUCUAUUGACUAUUUAUCAUCAAAUUCCAAAACGUUAUAUACUUAGUAUAUUAGGAUUUUUCGGGAUGUUAACGGCUUCCAUUUUACGCUCGAAUCUAUCGAUUGCAAUCGUUGCAAUGACUACUCCUACACUUGAAAAAUCAUCAAUUAAUACAACUACAAUACUAGCAGCUGAUUAUAAUUGGAGUUCUACAACGCAAGGCUAUAUUCUUUCGUCAUUCUUUUAUAGUUAUUGUGCUUUUCAAAUACCAGCUGGAUUUUUAGCGACAAUAUUCGGUGGAAGAAUAUUAUUUGGCGGCAGUAUUGGUUUGUGUGCCCUCUUAACUUUACUUACACCAGUAUGUGCUCGCAGUGGACCAGGAACAUUAAUAUAUCUACGAAUUCUUGAAGGCCUUUGUUCAAGUUGUGUAUAUCCAUCGUUAUAUGCUGUAUGGUCGAAAUGGGCACCGAAAAACAACAAAUCCGCGUUGGUAACUGUUUCUUUUUCGGGGGCUUAUUUUGGUACUUUCAUAAUAAUGCUUCUCGGAGGUGUUAUUGCUGCUGAUUGGUCAUGGGAAUGGAUAUUUUAUCUAUCGGGAAUAUCGGCUCUUGUAUGGGCAGUAGUUUGGUUUCCUGCGACGAUUGAAUCACCAGCAACUCGUCAGAAUAUAUUAGUUGAAGAAGUAUUAUAUAUUGAAGAGGGCAUGGGUAAAACUAUAUCACAAAAAGAUGCCGUUCCUUGGAAAGAUAUAUUGACAUCAUUACCAGUAUGGUCUAUUACUGCAGCACAAUUCGGAACAAAUUGGGCUAUUUAUGCAAUAUUUAGUGAGCUGCCAACUUUUCUUGUCGAAUCACUUGAUUUUCCUGUUGAUACGGCAGGUUUAUUAGCAGCUCUGCCAUGGUUGCUAUUAGCCAUAUCAGUGUAUCUAACAGGAAUUAUUUCGGAUAAACUAGUAGAAAAAUAUCACACAUUAUACGUUCGAAAAUUAAUUAUGGCAAUAUCUUUUACUCUAAUAGCAUCGAGUUUCCUUCUGAUUACAUUACUAGACGCCAGUAAUCGUGUCUUAAUUGUGAUGGGUGUUAUCAUUGUGAUGGGUGCAUGUGGUCCUGCUUGGGCAAGCUCCGGUGUGAAUCAGCUUGAUAUUGCAGGACGUUAUGUAGCUGUCCUAAUGGGUAUAUCGAAUUCUAUUGGAUCAACACCGGGAUUUCUUGCGCCCAUGAUAACUGGCUACAUCGUUGAAAAUCCACACUUAAAACGUGAAUGGAAUAUAAUCUUCAUAAUUUCAAUCGUCAUUUGUGUGCUAGCUCUUGGGUGUUACUUGUGUUGUGCUGCUGGUGAAUUACAAGCGUGGGCAUUGAAUAACAAUGAUGAAUACGAGCCUAUGCUCGAUUAUCCCAUAUCAUCACGAGAUAUUACUCUUGGGUGUUACUUGUGUUGUGCUGCUGGUGAAUUACAAGCGUGGGCAUUGAAUAACAAUGAUGAAUACGAGCCUAUGCUCGAUUAUCCCAUAUCAUCACGAGAUAUUAGUGAGAGAAGUUUUGAAUGA